UUGGGGAUGAUUCCAGUCGUGAACUUGGCCAGCUGUUUAUUCCGAAGAAAUAUUGAAGAUAUUAUUUUUCAAGAUAAUUCUCUUCACAUCAAGUUAUCUUAGAACUUUAUUGUCAGAAAGAGAGUUUAAUUGCGAUCCAAUGCAUCCCGGUGUGUGAAAAUGUGAGCCUGCUCAGUUAAAUUGGCAUGAUGGGGACGAGAUACGCAUCAUAUAGUCUAAAACUCGCUAGUCUACACGACGCUUAUCAACGGUUACUUUAUGGAACUCAACCGAUACCUUCUGGUUUAGAUAUCGCAAAUAUAUUGAAAUAUUUUUCUCAAACUUUACUAUGUCUGUUAAAAGAAUCAUCCGUAUCGCCAUUCGAUAUGAUCAAAUCGCAACAACUCGAUGGAGAACGAAUGGCUUUGUUCCCAAAUUUGGAUUACAAGCAGCUUUAUAAUGCAUUGACGCAGAUGAUCGACGUUACACCGUUGAUCCACAUUGGCCUGCCAGCAUUUGGGAAAGCCUUGCUGCAAUGUCUAGCAUGUAUGCUGCUGUUCUUGGAUCACGAUCUAAUCGACAAUUUAUCGUACUUAACUGCCAGUACGAUAUCAGUACUUCCAGUGGAGCUGCACGAAGAAAUUGUCAAUUAUCUCUGUUUUUACAUUUUACCGUUCACCAUCACAAGGAAACCUGAAAUUGGAGACGAAAGUGCCGCUAGUCAAUCGGUGGCUGCUGUUAUAAUGAUGGUGUUUCAGUAUUCUAAUAAUCCAGCGCAUCACUGUCAAUUGCUGGAGUGUUUAAUGGCCCUGAAACCAGGAGUAGUGAAAGACAUUCUUUGCGUUAUUGCUUACGGCACCGCGUCAGCAAGAGCGUCAGCUGCGAAAUUGCUGUUUUAUUAUUGGCCUUCGUUUAAUCCAAAUUUAUUCGAUCGUCGUGCGGUGUUAGUGAAAUUUGCUAACGAUUUCACCCCGUUCGUAUGUCAACGAGAUAGCUGUCCGAAUGCCGGCAAUGCGGAAGCUGCAAAAGUCUGUUACAAUCACGACAUUUCAAUCACGUAUGCUGUUGAAUCUCCGCCUCCUCUUUAUCUUUGCAUCGAAUGCGCAAAUGAGAUUCAUCGGGAGCACCCAAAUCAAAUGUUUUAUGACAUUUUGCAUCCAAUGCAACAGGUGUCCAUGGUUUGCGAGAACAAGAAUUGUAGAGGGACGGAUAAAUCAGCUAUUAGUGUUUGCUUUUCGACAGAAUGCGCAAGUUACAAUGGAAAUCAUCCUAUACGAUAUUGUCAGCAAUGUCACAGUAUUCGUCAUAACAAUCGCCGUGGCGGUGAUCACGUUUAUCACAUGGCGCUUCCGCACAUUUCGCAGCUGGACCCGCAAGCGCAAACUUACAUGGUUCAAGCGAUUGUCAGUUUGCUCAGAGAAGCUGAACCGAUAAGUAUCGAUAGCAAUCGGGACACAGAUAUAAGUGCUAGUACUAGCAAUAAGGGUGGCAUAGGAUUCGUAGGAAGUACCAGUGGUGCAAGUAGUACCGGUGCUGGAGGUAUCGGGAGUACAUUCGGUCAUUGCGACCCUACAAGCUUAGAGGAACGACAGCUCCUCGGCAGAUACGGCGUAUGGCUGCUAGUGGGACUUUGUACCCCUAACGAAGAUACCCCGGUUGAAAUACUGGGCCGUUUAUUAUCAAUGUUAUUUCAUUGGUUUCAUGUCACUGCCUACUGUUUCGAUGGCCAGGCGGAAAGCGCGCUUGAGAAGUUAAAAACGGAGUACGUUUGCGACUGGCUCUCGGAAGUUAUGAAAACGCACUAUGAAGUAUUCAUUUCCUGUCUUCUACCACAUCCUGCGGAUUACGUCAGGGUUGGAGGUCAUUGGGAAACCUUGGCUUCUCGGACAUCGCAUUUAAAAGACGGACUACAUCGGCUGUUUUGUCUGGUACCGUACGAAGUGAUUACGCCUGACGUAUGGGAUUACGUGAUGCCGCACUGGAUGGAAGCAGUGGUAAAUGACGUUCCAGAAAAUGAACUUCAGGAGCUGAAGAUAAUAUUGAGCAAGAUCUUGGAUCGGGACAUGAAUUCUUUAGGAUUUGACGUGAAGAAAAUGUAUAACUUUAUAGCAAAACGAUUCGUCAAUACGAGUGCUAAAGUGCAAGAACAGGCCCUUCACUGGUUGCAAACGCUUACCAUGUUGGAAAUAACAUUACCCUUGGAUCAACUAUUUUCAAUAUUUAGCGAUGGAGUAGCCGUUAUGCAGUCGAUGAACUCGGCAGAGUCAGAAUUAAAUCUAAGCAAGUCUACGAAGGAAGAUGAUGUAAACAUUACAUGUCCCAUAGUGGAAAAUGAUUCGGGGAAAUCAACACCACUUUCCGAUGAUGUAGUACCAACACCGAGACACAACGAAUUUAUGACGAACGCAGAACUUAAUUUAUCUUGUUGUAUUCUUAUGCUUGACAUACUAUUGAAACAGAUGGAACUUCAAAAUGUAGACAAGCAUACCGGAAUUAAUACACGGGUCUGUCGAGAUGCUUGCCAUUUAAUGAAGUCCAUAGUUGCAUCUAACUGGAACAACUCUCACGUCUGCGAUAAUACUUCGGACAUCGAAUGCUCUUAUUGCGAGUCAAGGGUAAUCUGGCACCAACUAUGUCUACAAUUGAUUACUUACAUGGCACCAGAAAAUCCGGCGUAUCCUCCCGAUACAAUUGUGGAUGAAAAUGCGGAUGAUAACGCUCGCAAAAGUUCCCCGGAAACAACAAAGAAGGGUGAUUCGAAACCAGAUGUGGUCAUCAACAUGCCAGUACCAGAAAUGCAUUCUGUCGGCGGAGUCUUAGUUCAUAUGCCACACUUCUUCGAACAGAUUAUGACAGCGACAGUAGAGACAGUUUCGGAACAGCUGGAUCUCGCAGCUAUCAUGCCAACGGAGAAGAUUAUGUCUGCAGUCGCGAGAACGGUUACACUAUCAGAAACAGACGUCGCUACCGCAACAGUGAGCGUGGCAAAACCACAUCUGAUAGGUGAAAACGAUGAACCUGUGAGUUUAAGUCCGGAAGCUGAUUCGGAUGACUUUUGGCAUACCUCCGUAGGGAAGUUUCGUUUUACAAUAGAAGAACUACCGGAACAACUUCAAUAUAUUCAUAAAUUACUGAAGGAGAUAAUGACGAUCGACAAACCGGACAUUCUUUACUAUAUGCUGCAGUGUUUGAAUGUAAUGUGCUUGUAUGGUGACGCGUUUAAUACCGCGGUGAAGGAUCAUCAAGGAUUCUUCAUAUGGUGCCAAGAGAAUUUAUUAAUAAAAAACUUAUGGGAACUUCUAAACGCAGAGCAUUCGCAUAUAGCCCAAGUGACCGUUCCGUUGUUAUUGCAUUGUGUAACAUUACCCUGCGGCACCGACACUUUCUGGCGGCUUGUACAAGAAGAAUUUCACAAUUCCGAUUGGCGCGUUAGAUUCGUCGCGGUCGAACGCGUUACGUUAAUCGCGAGAUUUAUGGAUUCAACGCCAUUGCGAAAUAUACUAAGUCUUCAAGCUGCAUUAGCAAAUGCGUUCUGUUAUUUAAUAACAAGUAUGGACGAUAAUAAUGUAUACGUUGCGCAGCGUGCUACCUUGUACCUCGGUACUAUUCAUGAUACAGCAAUUAGGUCGUUAAUUUUAUGCCUGGAAACACAAUUUGAUUCCGUAAUAGUGGACCGGCCAAUGGUAUUGCAAUCGCUUUAUCAACUACACAAUAGUCUUAGCGAUCGACGUAUCUUAACGUGGGAAUUUUUCUUGAAUCGAUUUGAUACGUUAUUUCUUGAAGCUCAAAUCAACUUGGAGAAAUCAGGGGAUGUGACUUAUUUGCGCGAUUUAAAAAAUACAGAUAUGAAUAGCGAGGUAUUCAUGAAGAAAUUACAUCGCGCACAUGAAGCAUUAUCUCAGUCUGAUGGUAGCGGAACAAGUUCCGUAAAAACGCUGAGUGCGAGUUUUGGGACAAAAUGGCCUUACAAGCGAACGAUGUCGGCACCCGCGUCGAUGAUACCCCGACAAGACACUAAGCAAGAAAAGGAAAAGGUGUACAGCCGACAGUAUUCCGCGCCGAUCUUGAAAAGGAAGAGCUCGAGAUUCGGACUGGAUGGUCACAUACAUUCAUUGAACAUGGUCGACGAAGCUAGUACGCUACCAGGAUAUACUCACAAAAUCGUGGAUCUUGAAGAAGCAGAUAAAGAAACUAUGCAUCUACUAGUCUUCCUCUUAAUGCAAUUUCUAUCCAGACAGGAUGAGGCCUAUCCGACGGAUGAGAAACCAAUGUCGAAAACACAGGGUAUAGUCUUGCGGCACUUAUAUCUUCUGUUGGGAUACAAUCAGACUGAACGCUCUUUCCAUACCACUCCGCAACGAUUAAGGUUGUCACCAGCGUUUAACGUCUUCAUUGCUAAUUUGCCACAACUAUUAGACCAGAAUCAUAUAAUGGGCUGGCUGAUGACGCCACCAGUUUUGGCGAUAUUACAAUAUUGCCCUUGCCCUCCGCAAUCUGCACCUCCAACUGAUCAUCAACCACCGAACUACAGUCUUUGGUAUUUAGAGCCACACAUCAGGCGGUCCUGGUUGAUGUCUUUGCUUGUUAUUCUAUACAAGUGUCAGUAUGGGCAACAACCAUGGUGUAAUCAGCUUCAAGCAUUAGUGAAGAUAGUUUUGAAUACGCUCAAUACUCAGCAUCAUCAAUGCAGAAGAAUACCAGCGACUAUAGUUAUGGGUGCACCGCCUUCGAGAUCUCGCGAUGUAUCUCAACCCUCACUCGGAGUAGAACAUGAAUUGACAACGAACACGGUGGGAGAAAUAGACACAGAAACUCCGCCGAUGCGCGCACCAAUUUCGGUACAUCAACGCAGUCCUGGAGGGAUGCACGGACAAAUGGAAACUCAUUGGGAAGAGAAUAAUAGUCCAGCGUGUCGUUAUUUCAACAAACAUUUUACUAGUUCGAUCAAUGCGGAUGAUACGGAGUCCGAGCUGGCAGCGAUUCCUGAGAGUCCAAAAUCUGACAGCACCUUACAUGGCAGCAGUGGAGGAUCUCUUGGAGAACUAGAAGAAUCGGUUCCCAGAAACGCAUUUCUUCAAGAACCACGUAUGUCGAUUGUGUUGGAGGGGACGGCUGAACCGAACAAUCAAAAUAUUAAUAAGUCAAAGGCAGAAUCCGUGACGAAGCCUAUAUGGUUUUUAGGCGGAAAUGAAGAUGAAGUUAAUCAAGGAAGUAAAAGCGGCCCUCAAAAGAAAUGGAGCGUAUAUGAAGGAGUGAAAAUGAUGGUAACGAGCACAUUUCUCGCUGGACAACAGGAGCCUCCAAAAUUCUUGCCUAAACCAGUUAUGUCGACUAAAAACGGCAAAGGACGUUUACCUUACAACGGAGACAUGUCGAAAACAUACGAUUUAUCAAGCGCUUUAGCACUUGCUACCAGCAUAUCUCAUAUUCAAAAACCUGAGUUACCAAAAAUAAAGGCUAAAGAGACAGAAAAGAAUAAGGAAAAGGAGAAAGAGAAAGAAACGGAAAAGGAGACGGAAAUGGAGGAGAAGAAACAAAAAGAAAAAGAGAAAGAAAAAGCGGUCGUUAAAACCGUCGAAGCUAUCAAUUACAUUGAACCUCUGAACGCUAAACAUUUAGGUAGACAGAAACAUGUGGAACAGAUCACAAUUACAGCGACAUCGCCGAUUUCACCUUGUCAAGUAAUUACAGUGACGAACAGCGAUAAUUCGAGUUCACCGGCACUGAGUUCUUCUAUAUCAUCGCAAGUCAUAAGUACAGAGAAUGGACAGCAAACAGGUGAUCCUCCUACUGGUCCGCAACCUUUAAUGACUACUCCGACCGUUGAACGAUUGCUUCCCAUUGGGACAAUAGCUCGAGCAACUGGAUCACGAGCUGCGCAACGUGUAUUAAAAUGCGAAGAUACAUAUGGUUCUCCAGAAUCACCAUUGUCAAAAAUGGACAUUUUGACAGUCAGUUCCUCAUUUGAGCAAGACAGUGAAACUUGUAUGUCCAGCGAUAUUACGAGUCCGCAUAGCGUUUCCCAGCUGGAAUUUCCAACGCCGGAACGAUUACUGCCGGUCGGGCCUCAAAGAGAUUUCCCCAGCUUAGUCGAUCGCGUACGUCAAGCUCUCGAUAUUUCAGAUGUCGAAGAUAUAAAUAAAUCGAACGAAGAUGCAAAACGUGAUACAAUAUUCUCGAAGCAGGAUAGUGGAACAUCUGAUAAUAUGUCAAUAUCACUUGUACCGACGUGCAAUGAAAUUAAUUCGAGUAGAUCGCCAAGUCCGAGAAGGCUAAUUAAACAGGUAGCUUUGGAAUCAUCCCCUCCUGCGAUCGAUCUUGGAGAUUUCGUCUCGAAAAUAGCAGAUCAUGAUCAGAAAAUUAAGUCGAAGGAUCAAUUUCGAAUUCAACGUGAUAGAGCACGGAAGAUCACCGCUAUAACGGAUCAAGAUAUGAUUAUUCACGCGAGACGAAUGGAAUCCUGGUCUGGCCCACAAGUCCAACAAAACUUGGACUUUGUCUCUCAACAAGCGUAUCAUGCGGAUUUUAAUUUAAAGCAAAGUUUAUUUCGCAUCGGCGAUGAUUGCGUUUACGAUAGGUGUUCAGAGUGUGGAACAAUAAGAGAAGAAUAUUCCGAUGAAGAACUUGGAUUGUGUAUAAUAACUUUGGGUACGUUCAUUCAUCGAGAACCAUCCCUAGCAGCACCGUUAUUACCAGAAAUACUCGGCGUGGUGACCAAGGUUUCUCUUAAUACAAUGUAUCCCUGGCAAAGUGAAACAAAUAUGCACCUUCCAGGUGGUGCGGUUAGCGUAGCGCACCAAUUUCUCAGAUGCGUUCUUCACCAAUUAGCACCUAAUGGAGUAUUUAUGCAAAUGUUUCAGACUCAUUUGAAUGAAACGACAAGGUUGCAGUUUUUCAAAAGUGUUGCGCAAGCCUUGGUCGAUUUUAACGAGUUAAAUCCAAUCGCGCCAUUGCAGUUAUUGCUUGAGACAUUAAACAUGAAAAAAUCAUUGCCCUUGGAACGGCUGCCAAUAAUAUUAUAUAAUAUUGCGUGUUACUUGGAUUGUUUGCCAUUGGAAGCAGGAUUGGGUCCUGCUGCGGCUACAUGGAGUGGAUUAUUGACACAGUUUGAUGGAUUAUUUCGAAGACUCGUUCUUAUGCUUCCUUCCAUUGAAGACAUUACUCCUCUCUUACGAAUUAUGAUUUCAAUAUUAAAGGUUCCGGGAAUUCAACAAUCAAAGGGAAUGCUGGAUCCAUUCUCCAAAGUAUUAAGUUACGCUAUACAAAACUCAACAUUGCAAUAUAGUUAUUUAACAGACUUGUGCUAUUUAUGCCAUAGAGGAUUUACUCGUGAUCGUGACAAACACUUUUUUGGAAGAACGAUUGUAUUCGAAUUAAUUCAGGCCAUUAAAUUUAAAAUUACAAUACCAGACUCCAACUUUUUAUUAUUGCUUCAAUUUGUGCUCCAAGAUAUUGGAGGAUCCUUGCCUAAUAGUGUAGCGAUGGAAAAUAAUAUUCAGACAGAUAUGUCGCCGAUCUACAAUACAAAUGCCUCUGAAUCUUUAAAGAAUCAGUUAUCGGAUGUUCUCGAAUUUUUAACUGACUUUCAUACUUUAAGUAAAAUCAAGAGUUAUAGCAAAGGUAUGCAAGCAGGAUUAAACGAAGACACGAUAGGCGGGAUGUUGAAGUGUGGCCUUGCUCAAUACGUAGCUUUAGAAAUUACGAGAGGCAACAAUAGAGAGAACAGAGCCGUAGCACGUUACUUACCGUGGUUAUACACCGCGCCGUCUAUACAACAAGGAGCUCGUGAAUACGUCGAUUGUAUUGGCCACAUCAGACUCUUAUCCUGGUUGUUACUAGGAUCACUUACACAUAUAGCAAUGAAUACUAGUAACAAUAACAGUCAUUCUCAUUCAACGGUACCGUUGGCGCAACCGAUACCUCAAGAAGUAUCUUGCCACAUCGCAGAUCACAUACAAGUCAUUUUCUCGGGGUUUCCAGAACAAUCGAAAACCUCGGUCCUUCACAUGUCCUCGCUCUUCCACGCGUUCAUUCUUUGCCAACUUUGGACAAUGUAUUUGGAAGAAAUGUCGAAGAAUAAUGCAACAAACAGCGAGAGUCACAAUGUCACCAUGAAUAUCUUGUUAGAAUUUUGGGGCAAGAUAACGCCAUGCAUUUUGCAACUCGUUUCUUAUUCGAAAGCUCUCUCUGAAAUGCUUAACUUGCAUUUCUUAAGCUUAUUAGAGGCCUUAUUAGAAUGCGGAUCGAUCUUGUUGAGCAAAUUACUACCUCUAUGGAAUGCUAUAUUAUUUUCUCAUCAUGUUCAACUACCAGGACAUUUACAAAUGCGGUUGCAAAAUUGCCGCGAUUUCCCACCGAAUAAAAUGGCGGAAAAUUUCGUUUCUAAUCGAAGAGAAUCAAACGCGAUACUCUUACGAUGGUUACAUCGUUUACAGUUUAAGAUGGGCCAAAUAGAAAUGCAAUCUUCUACCGCCACGCAAUUCUAUUCUAUUUAAAAGAAAGUAAAGGGAACUUAAAAUGAGCUUUACGAUAUUUUACUUCAUAGAAGAUUUCAUAUGAAUCAAUA